CAUGCUGUUUAAUCCCGUUCUUUUGUUAGCCUAAUGGGCCUAGGGUAUUUUGUUCUGUGUUUGGCUACGCCUACGUUUUUUUGUUAGACUUGAGCAGAUCGAUAGCUUGAUCAUCCAUCAAUGGCGCUAGCUGAAGCUGGUACCCCAAGCCUCGCUGAGUCGGAGACAGUUCAGCUGCAGACAGCACCAGGAGAUUUUCGUUUCCCAACUACUAACCAAACAAGGCACUGCUUUACCCGGUAUAUUGAGUACCAUCGGUGCAUAGCUGCUAAGGAGGAAGGUGCUCCAGAUUGUCAGAAGUUUGCAAAAUAUUAUCGAUCUCUAUGUCCUGAUGAAUGGGUAGAGCGUUGGAAUGAGCAGAGGGCAAAUGGCAGCUUUCCUGGUCCUCUGUAGACAGCAUCUAUCUUGGCAAAUCGUUUGGUUGCAGCUGCUAUUGCUCUGAAGUAAACAGAGGGAUUUCUUCUAUUUGAAGUGAUUUUUUUUAAUAUUAUAUAUAUGGAUGGGAAGUGAAUUCUUAAGGAUGGAAUAUUCAUUGGUGUGAAUAAAGAGACUUUGGCUUGUGUGUUAGAACCCAUUGCGGCCAAUUAAAUGAAUGUGUUUCUCAUAAGACCAUCA